UAUUUCCCCCUUAGAUUUGUUUGAUUAAUCCCAUUGCCCAGUUUUGCUCAGAUAGUGGGUGUUGAACCCGAAAGGUACUUCAUUGACAUGUAAGAGAUCAUCUUCUAAAUAAAAUGUAAUGACGACAUCCUACUAAUCAUCUCUAAUUUUACUGAAUUUGUAAUGUGCGCCUGAGUCUAAACACUGAAACGGUAAUAGAUAAACAGAUGCGCCAAACUCUCAACCUCAUUAAAGCUCCAGUGUGUUCCCGAGGAUAAUAGAUAGUUUUUGCAGCUUCGUGUCUUAGCCUAUCAACAAUCUCUCAAAAUGUAUUCCUUCAAAGUUUUGAUCAUCUUCGCUCUUGCCUCAAUGGUCAUCCUCGCUCACCUUGCGAUUGGAAAACCAUCGGUAUCAUCCAAUGCUGGCUCUGACGAAUCAUCAGUAGAAACAGUUAACGAUGAGGAACCAUCAUUGUCAUUUACGGGCCAUCAUAAUGAAACAGAAGAGGGAGCAACAGGACGUGGGUGUCCAAGAGAUUCAGAAAACUUAACCAAAAAAAAAUGUGGUAAACUGGGUGACUACUGCGACGUCGACUGCAUAAAAUGUUGCAAAGGUCUUCGUUGUUACGCCGAUUAUCGUAGCCGUGAGAUUUGCCACUAAAGUUAUAAUCUAUUCCUUAUCCGCGCUUAAUACUUAUUAGUAUCUCAAAAUCUCUGUACUGACAUAUAUGCAAUGUGCACAUAUAAUGGCAAUGACAUUGAUAAAAAAAUAAUUGGGAGCAUUUAAAA